UAUGAACUUGUUUACUUUCCUUAUCUCCAAAAGAUUGCAUUUUUCACUUUUCUUUUAUUGAGAACAAGAAGGACAGUGAUCCUCAUGGUGCACCUUUUUCAUACAGACUCGUAUUAAUUUGUGUAAAUUUUGAGUGUGUUUCAUUUCAAUGUUCAAUCAUGCUCAUUUCUUGUACUAUCUGCAGUGACUUGUUCACAGGGAAUGACUCCGAGUCAAUAUGCUGCACUCCGUGUGGUCAUAUGUUCCAUUACAUUUGUCUCAUGAAUUGGUUUGAAAGGGUGAAAAGUUGUCCGCAAUGUCGACAAAGAGCCUCUGAAAACAACAUUGUUCGCAUGUUCCUCAGCCUUGGGACGAGUGGUGGAGAUGAUGAAGAGGCACCAGAAAAACUGAAAAAUAGAUUGGAUAACCUCACAUACCAAAUUAGACUGAAGGAUUUGGAUAUUAAAAACUUGAAGGAAGAAAAUGAAAAAUUUAAGUCUCAGAACAAAAAUCUGCUAGCUCAUGUCAAAGAGGUUGAAGAUCAAAUUCGCUUGAAUAAUACUGUCGUCAAGUCGAUGCAGGACCAAGUAAAGCUAAUGAAGGCGGAGUGCAAAGAGCUAUCAUUAAAAAGGCUUGAAGUAGAAGAGUAUAAGAAAAAAAUUGAGUCUUUGAAGAACGUGCAGAGACUGCUUGAUGGAUCACAGGAAGAAUGUGAGGAAGUCUUGAAAGAAAACAAACUAAACCAUAAUCACCUGGUUAGAUCUCUGAAUUUGUUCAAACGGGAAUCAGUAGAUCUGAGGAAAAAACUAACGUCUUUGAAAGAAGACAGAGCAUCCAGAGAGAAAAAAUUAAAUGAGCUAGUUUCAAAGCUUGUGGUUAUGAAAAGUGAUUAUCGUAAUACUUUAGCCAUAAAAACGAGAUUAGAAGAAGACUUAGAGCAUGCUGAAAAGGAGUUAGUGAAGUGGAAAAACAACUGUUUGUCUCUUCAAAAAACCAACGAAUCUUUAACAAAUGCUAAUAGUCCAAAAAGUAAUCUUCGAAAGCGGAUGAUCUUCGAAAGCCCUGCUCCAGCUAAUCUCAUCGGGCGUAAUUUAGAUUCUGAUUCUCCGUUUAAUGUCACAACAUAUGAUAUAACCACUCCCUCCCCAGUCGAAGCCCCAAAAGUUAGACCCUUCAUGAGCAAAUUGGCUGGCGAAGGUGCUUCCUCCUGCUCCUCGUCUCUGUUGCAAGCUUCAACGAGCAGUUCAUCUACCAGCUCAUCCAGUAGUGUAAAAUCUCCACAGAGUACAUCUAGCAUUAAUACUGUCUUGAGUGAUAAUAGUAGUAAUCGAAGCUUUGGGCGAGCAAACCGUUUCACAGCAGACCCAUGGAAAAAUAUUGGAAUAAUUCAAGGAUGCACAGCUGGACCGGAUAAAGUUUACGAUGGGCUUGGCGGUCACUCAAAAGUAGACCUUUUCCCGCAACCAAAGUUGGGUCCUUUAGUGAAGAAAAAGAAAGUUUCAAAUUUGAAAGUGCAGUGCAAAAAACAAAAAGUGGACAAAGAUCUACCCAAAAUUAGCUCAUUCCUAAAAACAUAUGACUUGACUGGUGAAAGCGAUGAUGAAGUGUUGUAAGAAGUUCAGCUUGUAAGUUCUUUAAAUACAUCUACAAGGAAAUUUCAGCGGUAAAGUAAUCUUUUCAAAAUUAAUUAUAUUCCUGUGUUGGGAUGGUUUUUCAGAAACUCUAGCUCAAUGUAAAUUUUGAAGCAUUUAGAUGAUGCAGUACCCAAGAAUUUCAAGUCAUCUAAUCAGGCUAAAGUCUAUCAAAUUUAUCAACUGGUAAAAGAUGUCCCUUCAAGUUUGUCCUUUGGACGUGUAUCAGUUCUAUUUUUAUUUCGAUUUUCAAAACUCCUCUUUGAGAGUUUAGAAUUUUUAUUAGGGAGCAAAAGGUGUUACAGGAGAAGAUCACUACACCAAACCUAGUGUCAAACUUUUUGAAUUAACUACAUAUUACUUCAGAUACACCAUUUUUAUGAGGAUAUGUUUAUGUCCUGCUCCGCUACUGCUCUUGUUAUUGGUAAUUGUCAGUCAACUGCCCAAUAUUUGGGCUUGUUGAAAUGCCUUUAUGCAAUCAAACCGUCUAUUCUAAUAUCAUAAGUCAUCAAGGAUUUACAUUGGCUUAUUGAUUUUCCUCAACUUGAAAGAAAAGAAAACAACUGCUUUCAAGAUACUCUCUCUUAGAGCUAGGUUGAUUUAUGAGGCUAUGAUUUGAUUUCAAUGUUGCCUUAAGCGAGGAACUGCUGAACCAUCUCACAAAUACAAAAUCCUAGUUUUUUCUACCUAUGGUCGUUUUAAGAUAGCUGCCAUUGUUGUGUUUUAUUUAUAGCUGGCUUAACAUACAUUAUUAUUCUGUUGAUUGAAUUUAAUUUGGGUCGUGUUAAUCUCUCUCAAACCCUCAAUUGUUAAAGAUCGUGCAGAUUCUACUCAACAGACACUCAACUUCUCAUUGUAAUCUGUAAAUUAUCACCUUGUAUCACUCUAAUCUGUAAAUUACAAUUAAACUGAAGUGUACUCAAUAAAAUAUUUUCUAUGCAGCUUUCUGCACUUAAAUACAACAACGCAUCAGAAUUAACAAAAUAUAAUGAGCACUAACAAUGCAACACUAAAGCUGUGCAACUCUUUGAGUCAAAUCUUAGCCUGUCCUGUGUAUUGUUUCGGUCGUUAAACUAUUGUAUUAGAGAAAGACGGCUCUUUAUAGUUUUUUGUUGCAACAAUUAAAAGUAAUAAAUUUAGAACUAUGCAAGAAGUUCUCCUACAUCUUCAUGCCUUAUUUUAAUGUUUGUAGUAGAAAGACUAUGCUGUGAUAUUAUUCGUAAGUUUCCAACUGAUUUUUUUCUAUUUAAACAAAUAUAAAAAAAUAAAACAGUCCUGAUCCUACGCUUUUCUAUGCUAUAGCUGCAUUACCAUAGACCCUUUAGACUAAAUCGAACAGGUAGGAAUCAAUUCACAUUUUGGUCAAAAAUGAUUCAGGAGUAGUUUUGAACUCAUAGACUUUCGGAGUUUUCAUAGUAGGUACCUUUUGCAUUGGAGUUCUUACCCUGUUACAAGUAAUGAACAAUUAAUAUACCUUUGGCAUCCCAGAAAACGAUUGCCAUUAUUUUGCGCCCUGACAUUCUUCCGUCAACCGCCUUUGAUUUUUUGGGUCUGGAUAAAUAAAGACCCAUGGCGGAAGGAGGUGAGCGCAAAAAAAAGUUAAAUAUAACAACACAAUGAUCAAAUUUCAAAAACUUUAAAGCGAUAGAAAACUGUGAGUAUGACCAAUAAAAUUAUUUUUUUGACUUUGCUCUCUCUAUUAUAGUUAUUGAGUCGUAAAAUGAGGAAAUGUAAUUUUUGGAAUACCCUCGUAUUUUAAACAAUAAAAUCUUGUUAAUGUGAGUUCCUUGUUUUAGUGAAGAUAAAGAGUAAAAGUAAGAGUUUUUAGUGAGUAAAUAGACUUCUACUGAAAAAUCACUGUCCUUCCCCUAAGCUCAGAUCACUGAGGCAUUACCCAGUGCAUGGUAGUGAUAACAAAAAGGGUUCUUCAUCUCCUGUUUUUUUGUUCUUUUUUUGCAUGUUUUAAUUUUCGUCCUGCUCAAUUUGGGAAAUUAUUUCUGUACCUGUAUUGAUUUUUACGAAGAAUGUAGUAAAUAGUAAUGUUACGUAAAAAA